CGGACCCAGUACCCAGAGUUCCUUGCGGCGCGUGUAUCGCCUCCCCGUGUCCCGGAUGUGGCAUCACAUGCACUGACUGUCAACAUGCAAGAUGGCCACGCAUCACAGGCAGAAUGCAGCAGGGCGUAGGAAAGUGCAGGUGUCUUACGUCAUUAGAGAUGAGGUGGAGAAGUACAACCGAAAUGGGGUGAACGCUCUCCAAUUGGACCCCGCAUUGAACCGGCUCUUCACCGCCGGAAGGGACUCGAUCAUCCGGAUAUGGAGUGUCUACCAACAUAAACAAGACCCAUAUAUUGCCUCAAUGGAGCACCAUACAGACUGGGUCAAUGACAUAGUUCUUUGCUGCAAUGGAAAAACAUUAAUAUCUGCUUCCUCGGAUACGACAGUUAAAGUCUGGAAUGCACACAAAGGGUUUUGCAUGUCAACGUUACGAACACACAAGGACUACGUGAAAGCUUUAGCCUACGCUAAGGACAAGGAGCUGGUCGCAUCAGCCGGGCUUGACCGGCAGAUAUUCCUCUGGGACGUGAACACGCUUACGGCGCUCACCGCUUCCAACAACACCGUCACCACUUCAUCACUCAGUGGCAACAAGGAUUCCAUCUACAGUCUGGCUAUGAACCAGAUGGGCACGGUUAUUGUGUCCGGAUCCACAGAAAAGGUGCUCAGAGUUUGGGAUCCACGAACAUGUGCAAAACUGAUGAAGCUAAAAGGCCACACGGACAACGUCAAGUCACUGCUUUUGAAUCGCGACGGAACUCAAUGCCUGUCAGGCAGUUCGGAUGGAACCAUCCGCCUGUGGUCCCUCGGGCAGCAGAGGUGCAUCGCCACGUACCGCGUGCACGACGAAGGUGUCUGGGCCCUGCAGGUCAACGAGGCGUUCACACACGUCUACUCUGGGGGACGAGACAAAAAGAUUUACUGCACAGACCUGCGCAACCCGGACAUCCGAGUUCUCAUCUGUGAGGAGAAGGCUCCAGUGUUGAAAAUGGAACUGGACAGAUCUGCUGACCCACCUCCUGCUAUUUGGGUCUCCACCACCAAGUCAUCUGUUAAUAAAUGGUCUCUAAAGGGAAUGCACAACUUCCGAUCAUCAGGAGAGUACGACAACGACUGCACCACCCCUUUAACGCCACUGUGUACACAGGCGGAGCAAGUUAUUAAAGGCGGUGCCAGUAUUAUACAGUGCCACAUUUUGAAUGACAAGAGACACAUACUUACCAAAGAUACAAACAACAACGUGGCUUUCUGGGACGUCCUGAAGGCCUGCAAGGGGGAAGACCUUGGCAAAGUUGAGUUUGAUGAGGAGAUUAAGAAGCGCUUCAAAAUGGUUUACGUGCCAAACUGGUUCUCGGUUGAUUUGAAAACCGGGAUGCUCACCAUCACGCUGGAUGAGAGUGACUGCUUCGCUGCAUGGGUGUCUGCAAAGGAUGCCGGUUUUUCAAGCUCCGAUGGAUCCGACCCAAAAUUAAACCUGGGUGGACUGCUGCUUCAGGCUCUGCUCGAGUUCUGGCCCAGAACUCGCAUAAACCCCAUGGAUGAGGAAGAGAACGAAGUGAACCACGUGAAUGGGGAGCCUGAAAAUCGUGUACAGAAAGGAAACGGAUACUUCCAGGUGCCGCCACACACGCCAGUUAUCUUCGGGGAAGCCGGUGGCAGAACUCUUUUUAGGCUGCUUUGUCGAGACUCUGGGGGAGAAACGGAGUCCAUGCUGCUAAACGAGACCGUUCCUCAGUGGGUCAUUGAUAUAACUGUAGAUAAAAAUAUGCCCAAAUUCAACAAAAUCCCAUUCUACCUCCAGCCUCAUUCAUCCUCCGGUGCAAAAACUCUGAAGAAAGAUCGCCUGUCAGCGAGCGACAUGCUGCAGGUGAGGAAGGUGAUGGAGCACGUGUACGAGAAGAUCAUCAACCUGGACAACGAGUCUCAGACCACCAGUUCCUCCGCCAACGAUAAGCCGGGAGAGCAGGAGAAGGAGGAGGACAUGGCCAUGCUGGCAGAGGAGAAGAUCGAGCUCAUGUGUCAAGACCAGGUCCUGGACCCCAACAUGGACCUGAGAACAGUCAAACAUUUUAUCUGGAAGAGCGGCGGGGACUUGACGCUGCAUUAUAGGCAGAAGUCCACGUGAAAGUUGCGACUUUGGAAGAGCAAGAAACUCUUUUUGUCGUUUGCCAAGCGCCGCCCUCUGGCAUGUAGUCCCAGGUUGUAGUCCCGAGGAGACAUUUCCAAGGAAACAUUCUAACAAUCACUCAAAUUUACCCUGCAGGACUAAAAAUUAGUUGUUGUUUUUUUACAUCUUGACUGCUAUGUUUGUUUCCUAUAAAGUGCUGUACAUGUUUUUUUUCCCCCCCGUGAGUGUGCGUGCAGAAUGUUCUAGUACAUUCCAGACCUGUCCUGGCUCUAUAAACACUCCACCGUGUCAACAGUACCUCCAGUCGAGGACCACACGCGCUCUCUGGGAGGCACCGGCUGUCCUCGCCUGAACGCACCACGGUGACAGGAGCCUGAACGCAUCACGAGCUGUACUCUUACCACUCACCUCAAUCCUCCGUUCCUGUAAAUAUAUGUACAACAUUUUUUCAUUUCA